AUGGCGUGCGGCGCGUGCUACUACCUGGUCAUCAGCUCCACGCACCUGAACAAUGGACACUUCCGGAGAGUCAAAGGAGUCUUCAGGGGACCUCUGCGCGCGCCUGCCAGCACUGACUCACCGGAGCGUGUGGAGAGAGCCCUGGGUUGCUCAGUGGAGGAUCUGAAAGCUCUUUUCUACUGUGAGCUGUGCGACAAGCAGUACCUGAGACACCAAGAGUUUGACAACCACAUCAACUCCUACGACCAUGCGCACAAGCAGAGACUGAAGGAGCUGAAGCACAGAGAGUUCGCUCGAAAUGUGGCGUCCAAAUCGUGGAAGGACCAACGCAAACAGGAGCGAGCUCUGAGGAGGCUGCACCAACUCGCCCAACUGCAGCUACAGACGGGGAGGGUUACGAGACGGAGCCAUGGACUGAUAAGCUGUGAUCAACGCAGCCACAACCAGGACGACAAACCUGAAGAUCGCACUCACACCCCAAACACUCUUUCUGCCCCGAUAACAACAACAACUGCCCCACUGAGCUCCAGAACUGAAGACAUCCGUCCCCCUAGUCCACUUUCUCAGCAGUCUCCUACGGUCUUAGCAGCACAAUCCCCCCAAAUCCACAGCUCUGAGCUCUGCACUGACCCUUUCUCACCGCUGCCUCUACCUCCAGGGAGGAGGCGGGUCGGAGGCCGGCUCGGGGUGUCUUUCUGCUUCUCUCGGAGGGGUCCCAAACUGGAACCUUGUGCCUCUGUGUUUUCUGACCUGGAGGAAGACGAAAUGUACAAGAAAAAGGAGCAGAUGCGAGAGAGGAUACGACGCAUCUUGAGAGACAUAGACAGAGAAAUUGGGACAGAGGAAGAGCAGAAUUCAGACAGUGUCGGACUGCGCAGCAUGGAGCCGAUCCCCAGAGAGCCCGCCUCGGAAGACACUGAAAUUGAAAAAAGAGAUUUGGGGAAGGAACACUCUAUUUCCACGGAAGCACAAGAUAAUCAGAGCAAUGAUUCACUGUUCUUGUCGGCAUGUGGCACGGGGCUGGAGGAGGCGUAUACCGGACCGCAAGAUACGACAAAAAACAAAUCAGAGGGAGAUGAGAGUCGGACUAUUUGUGUUUUGGGAAAAGAUGGGACCACCCAGCUGCAAUGGCCGACAAGUUCAUUAAAGUUUACAAAGUUUGAGCCGCGUAUCUCGUACAGCAGCAAACUACAUGAUCAUGAGCAACUCCAGGAGAGAAUAGAGGAUCCAAAUCACUUCUUGUAUAUGUCAGGUGUUUCUGUUCCAAACCAAACACAGUUGGUGCAGGGGCAAACUGAAGAGGCAUUGAAAACUCAGCACAUUGAAGGCAAGACACAAGAGCACCUGCUUCUCGAAGACAAAAUCCCUACAUCAACUGGAGAAUGGCUAGAGAAACAAAACACUGAAAAUUGCAUUGUGCCAACUUCCCAUUCAUGUGGCUAUAAGAUUGACGCCUUUGACUGCAACACCCAGAAUCGUCAGGUGGGCAGAUUAGAGGUUGCGACGGCGAAAGCUAUCACAUCACUGAGUUGUAAAGUAGAUGGUGUCACCCAAAAGACGUACACGAGCCCAACCAGGUGCGCUAGCAAUAGUGAGACAAUAUGCAGCAGUGCAAGGCAGACGAAUGUAGGCGUAGCAAAAGUGUCAAGGAAAAAGAGGACAUGCGCAAUUAGGAAACACAGGACAGGAAAGCAGAGACGAAGAAGAAGGGAAAAGAGGCAAAAGAUUUCGAACAAGCGGCAAAUGUGCAAAGUGAAGAGUGUGGUGGUGUCAUCGUGUAGAGAGGGAAGAGAGGGAGAGUGGGGGGAGAGGCAGACAGCAGGGGGGGAGCGAGGGGGGAGCAGAUGUCCCCGGGGGAGUGGUGAGAAAAUGCCUGGAUGUGUCUCGUCGAAGAGCAGAAGGCCUCACAGGAGCUCCGAGCAUCAGCGUCGCCAUCGCAGACAGGAGGGGCACGGGCACACCGCCUCUCCUCCCUGGCGGCCUCACUUCUCCUCCCGCUCCCUCUCUCCAGGAUCUGACUCCAAGAUGUUUUGGGAAAGAGGUCACCAUAGCAACCCCAGGAGUUUCAUUGACUGCUGUUACCCUGACAACAGCAGCAGUAACAGCCCAGUAAGAAAGCGAAAACUCCUCCACAGGGACAGGAAAUCCAUUCAUAGUAAAAGAAAGAACUUGAGGCAUUGUGAGGAGGUGAGGGGAAGGGAAUUAGGACAGGGCUGUGACAGGGCUUUUGUGUGUGACGCAGAGCAGUGGGAGUGGAGGAAUGGGGCAGGUCCUGGGGGCGCUGCACACAUCAGUACAGCAGACGGCUGGAGGUCAGAGCAGAAGUUUGAGGAGUGGCACCAUCCACUCAGGUCCAGUGUUAGUCCCAGCACCUGGGGACACACGGAGGACAGCAGAUUGGACAACAGAGGAGACAGCACAGGGGACAGCACAGGGGGGAGCACAGGCGAGGGCGACUGGGACAGAUGGACCUGUGGCAGCACCGACAGUUGGGACGAUCCUGGCACAUUCAGGUCUGACUCCAGAAGAGACAGCCCAGGAGGAGCUCACUUUUGGGGGAACAGGCCCUCCAGUGCUCGUCACGUGUCCAGUCCUGACUGGUGGCGCAGACAGGCCCACAGUCCCCCCAGUGUGAGCCGGGUGAGCCCCCGCUCCUGCAGCCCCUGCAGCACCACCCUGUCGGAGAUGAGCUGGGAGUGGAGCACCUGCUCUGGGGUCUCUGUGGGCAAGAUGACAGGGAGCUCCAGUAAAAGGCUCACUCCAGCCUCCAUAAACACUUCUCCAGAGACACAGAGUAUCAGCAGCCUCAGCUCAGGCUCCUGUCCCAGUUCUUCCCCUCACAGACCUCCACUGACUGUUCAUAAUGCAAGCACACCUCUGUGUGAACUACGAGAGACCGGCUCUCAUGUGGCCACCUCCCCAGACAUAGACUGUACCUCCAACAAUAUCCUCCCAGGACUUUGUACCACUCAGACUUUGUCCCAAAAAACUGCUAAAACAUUACACCUUCCCCUGAUAGGAAAACGCCCUGCUAUCCAGAGGAAGGCCAGGCUGAAGAGGAAUCUGAUAGACAGGGGUAAGGACAAAGAAGCCGACGAGAUGGAAGAGGCCAAAGUUAUGGGGAUGGAGACAGCAGUAGAACUGAACAAUCAAGACACAGGUCAAGAGCUAAGCACAAGCAGCAGUUUGAAUCUCAGGGCCCAGGACCCGCAGGGGGCAGCAGAGGCAACUCCGCCUGUCAGCUACAGAGCAGACGAGAUGGACAAGUACAGACUGUUGCAGGAGCAGGCCCGAGAGCACAUGCAGAAGGUGCUGGAGCUCAGCCAAGACACAGCAGAGAAAACACCCCACACAAAGUACUCAGAGUGCGGGCGCGCUCAGGAGAGAGGAACAGGAGAGGACCACUACGUACCUGUACACACUGUUCCUCAGCCUCCUGCUCUACAGCACUCGCUACAGUUACCUCUGCCCCUCCCACAUGAAAAUUACUCCUCACCCAUCCCCCUCCCCAUCCCCCCUCUGCCCCCCUCUGCUCCCUCGCCCUCCGCUCCUCCACUGCACCAUCUCUCUCUUCACCACAUACCUCCACCUGGGCCUCCCCCCAUGCACCUGCCUCAGCUGUUCCCCUCUAUCCUGCUGUCCCAUCGACCGCUCCCUCUCCUGCACGCUUCUGUCCCCUUCCACACAGCAGCCCUGUCCUCCCUGUCCUCCCUCUCUCCUCUCGCGCUGCAGCCUCUGGCCCCACAGCACUUUCUGGACAGAACAUGGACGGUCAGGUUCCCGCAGAAGGCUUUAUGACUGGCACA